AUGUCAAAAGAAUACUAUGCUGUAAUUAAUGGAUAUAAUCCUGGCUUGUAUGACAGCUGGGAUGAUUGUCAAGAAAAUGUUUCAGGAUACAGGGAUGCCAUAUACAGAGGGUUUAAUAAUCGGUACGAUGCUUUAGAGUAUCUAGGAUGCCUAGGUGACGAUAUUCCAGAUUACACUAACUAUCUGCAUGAUGAUGAUGACGAUGGUCCAAAUUUUAACAUUCACUGGAUUUUCACAGAUGGUGCAUGCAAAAACAAUCAAGACAGAGGUAGAGCAUACGGUGGCUAUGGAGUGUACUUACCAUUUUGUAACUUUGAAAGUAUUGCGGCUCCUUUGAAUGGCAAAAAUCAGACAAACCAACGUGCUGAGCUUAUGGGGAUUAUGGCGGCGUUGAAGGUAAUUCUGCAUUCCACAUUCGAGAACAAGCAUAACAUUGCCACUGAUUCAGGAUAUGCAAUCAAUUGCUUCAAGCAUUGGGCCCGUAAGUGGCAACAGAAUGAUUGGUGUACUAGUGCUGGCACUAAAGUCUCAAAUAGAGAUAUUAUAGAGCCAUCUUUAAGAAUGAUUGACAGAAUCAAUGAUCUUAAUGACGACAACGAUUUUGGAGAUAUUGAAAUAUGCUACAUUCCAGGUCAUUCUGGAAACCCUGGAAACGAGAAUGCCGACAGACUCGCCAAUAUGGGCUGUCGUAUGAACAUUCCAUGA